AAACACAAGGAGGAGGUUCCCUCCCACUUUGGUGCCGAAUAAAAGACAAUUGUUCCGACGACUUGAAAAGGAGAAAAAAAAAACGACAGUGUAAAUGCGCAACUUAGUAUUUAAUCAGAAAAGCAAGUCGGCAAUCGACGAGACUCCCGGGACAGGUUGUCAGGGUACGCAGCAGCGUCCGGCGGGAAGAAGCCAUCAAGAUGUCAAGGCAUGCAGGGUACAUGCAGAAGUCAUCAAGGUGAGCGCCGUCAAAACGAUGACCGCUCUCAGGAAGGUUGUAGCCCUGCCUGGCCAGAAAGGCAAGUCCUCUGUAGGUCCUUUUAAGCAUCCAACACGUGGGGACAGGAAAUACCAGAACAGGAAGACCUGUGAGUACCCUCCGGAUCCAAGGGUCAGUACAGUCGUGAAACAUCCGAAUUUUGUGUUGAAACCUCAUUAAAGUGUACAAAAAGACACAGUGUCAUCGUCAAAUAAUUGAAUGUACGCCGACCGCACCGUGACAUAAUUAUGUGAUUCUAUGCUAAAAAGCCUUAUGAUGUCACCACUAUGCGGUGAUAAAAAGUGCAAGUAGUUGUCUUCUCUGAUGAAAAGCUUUAUGAUGUCACAAAGGCGUCAAAGCACUCCCACCAGCAAGAGUAGUGGCCCACACUUGAGCGAGACACAAAGUCAACAGCGGCACAACAAUGGAGAUGGACGACUACUCCAUCAAGGCGGAAGUCAUCCUCCCGAUGGUGCAGAAAUACUUCGAGCGCAUCCUGCCGGCGCAGUGGAGCAUGCUGGCCGCAGGGACCGUCGACUCGGCCACGCAGGUCAUCCUGGCGGACAUGUGCACGGACAUCACGCAGAAACUCUGCGCGGACACCAUUCGAGUCAUCAUCCCGGAGUUUAAGCAGCGCAUUCAGAGUGCCGACAAGAAAAGAAUGAAGCUCAAAGUGGAAGGCGGACUGAGCACCGCAUUCGCGUCGGCGCUCAGCGUCCCCGAGCAGCGCAGCAAAAGUUCCCAAAAGCUGGACUCUCUCUUCAAGAGGGAGAUCUCUCAGCGGGUCAAUCACACUUUGUCCGCCGCCACCAGCACUGACAGUCAGCUGGUGCCUCUUAUUUACAUCCCGGGAACCUUCACCAAGAUAGAAGUUCUGGCCAAGAUGGUCCUGCUGGCCUGUGGCGCUCUCAAGGUUUACCUGAGCAAGAUGGCCAUUUACGCAAAGUGCUUCAGACCGUGCUGGCGCCAAAAGACCAGAGAAGAACCCCCCUGUGACUCAAAGUGCGGGAACGUGUGCAUAUUUAACCGGGAAGAAACCACGGAGGCCGUGAUGAACAUCCUGCGCAAAUGGACCGACAGCGAGGAUGAGUCCCUCUCACUCAGGACAAAUCGGGAACUGAAGAAAACGGCAGCGGAAAUUGUGACAACCAUCAUCAAGGACCUGCACUACCCUGACCCCUCGGAGGAGGGACGCAGUCGCUCUUCUACGCCUCAUUUCAAUCUGGGGCUGAUAAAGGAUCAACUCUGUGAGUUCUUUGAAUCCUGCGUAUCACCCAACAGCAGCAAUGAAUCUAAUCGCAAACGCAACUUUUUGAACUUUUGCCAAAAGAAGUUCGACGAACUGACAUUUGAACUGCAGAAGGUCCGGUGUCGCUGCAUGCGCUUGGAAGAAGAGAUGUCCCGAUGUGGGACCCAAACACCAGAUGGUGAUAAUCUGCUCAGCUUCCAGGGAAUCCAGCCAGGUCUUGAGGAUGUGUUCCACAAAGUAGCGCCACCAGCAGGAGCUGCCUGCAUAGAUGUGGACAAGCUACGACACGAAGCCGACAAGUUCUCACUAGACCUGGCGGAUAAACUUUACCAUUACAUGACCACCAACCGGACCACAGUCCAAUCAGAUGCAGUGUGGAGACGCUACUCAGAGCCACUCAUCUUGGAGGUGGACGAGGAAAAACCGGAGAACAUCCAAGUUCUGCAUAAGAUUGUAGAAGACACCGCUACAAAGUUUGUACAGCAGCUGCUGCUCUGGCUCAAGAUGGAACCGGUGACGAGGGGGAACCACGCCGAUGAGGUCUACGGUUGCUUGAACGACAUCGACACGCUCAUCGCAGGAACCGUGAUCCCACAAGCAAACGAGGAAGACCUGGAUGACACCAGGCCCAAGAGCACGAGCUCGCACAUACGAAAUGCGCACCCACCUUCCACGCAGGAAGAGACGGUCACCGUGGAAACCGGGAUCAGCCAAAAAACGGAGACGGACGGCGCCCAAGGAAAGACUCCACCCUCUGGUGUCGUACGUGUCGCUUGGCCGUCGCCGCUCCGCCCGCCUUCCGUGCAGGAGACGUGCUUGCACCGGGACGCCUCCCGGUCAAGGAGUCCGUCCUCACAUGUGACGUCGCGCAGCUCGGUCUCCAUGGAGGAGAUGGUCACAUCGCUCGUGGCGGUGCUCGUCAUCCAGCUGCUGACCCGCCUUCAAAAGAAACACAAGAAGAUAGUUCUCUCCCGCGACACCCUGCCAAUCAUCCAGCGUCUGACCAAGAAGGUGCUGCAGGACCCGCGCUUAUGCGUCAUCACCGAGGCCAACAUUUACAGCGUCAACAAGCUGAUGAAGGCCGUCAUCCGGGAGCUGCUGCGAGAGUUCAACAGUACGCACCAGCUGCUGGAGGCCUUCCUGUCUGACGAGCUGCGUUUUGACAACACCCUGCUGAAGCUGCUGAUGUUCAACAUGGAUGCGCUGAAAGCACCCCAGCAACGCAGGACACAAAAGUUAUUUGCCGCUGUGCGCAGGGUUUUCCUUUGGACUUUCUGUAUACCCUCCUCCAGCAGCAAGCAGGAAAUCUUGGCCUAUACCGAGACGGACUCGGGGAAGAGUGCCAGCGUUUGAGAACAACAACAUCGUGGUCGUCUGCAGAACCAAAGCUUAGACUUGUGUACAUGUAGCCUACACACCACACUAAUGUGCAAUAAUGAUCUAAGGGUGCAAUGCAUGGCCUUUUUGUACUUUUCUACUGAGCUCCUGUUUAUUCACACAACAGUCUAGGUCAAGGUCUGUCCAUCUCAUUUCCAUUUCACAUCCAGCACAAGGGGACCCAGAAAGAUCCACGCACAAUUUCUCCUGUGUUUAGUUGUUUAGUUUCCUAUCGCAAAAGGAAACUUGUCUUGCAGACAGGGUAAAUGAAAUGGUUAAUAGAUAUUUUUUUUAAAUCAAGAGAGUUGAAGAAAAAGUACAUCAUACAGAGAAGACUGGCAAUUGACCGGUAAAAAGAGAACCUAGGCUGAUGGACCUGUUACACACACACACACACACAUAUAUAUAUAUAUGCGCGCGUGCGUGUGUACAUGUAUACAUUUUAACCCUCUAGGGACAGGAUUCUCUGGUCCUAUUAGUCCUCUAAAUCUCCAGCUCCAGGGAAGGAUCCCAAAGCGGUGCGGUUCUCGUUCAUACUGGGAACAUCGGUGCCAGGAGGCAGCCUGUUGGUUCGUCCUUCACACACGUGAGCUUGAUGAGUCAGUAUGGAGAACACGUGAAAAUCUUACCGCCUGUCAAGUCAACCCGAACCACCGGUUAGGCCCGUAACUCCCGACGGCCCGAAAGGAAAACAUUUGACAGCAUUUGGGUGUUGGUUCACACAAGGUGUCCUGAACACGUGAGCUUGAUGAGUCAGUAUGGAGAACACGUGAAAAUCUUACCGCCUGUCAGGUCAACCCGAACCACCGGUUAGGCCCGUAACUCCCGACGGCCCCACCCGAUUCCUCAGCAGGGCGUCACCUUUUGGUCCAAAUACCUGCGCCACUAUAAGAUCAAGCUUCCUCCCCCCCCGACCUGCUGUCAGUCAACAACAUGGAUAAACUUCUAAACACCGGCCUGGGUCAGGAGGCCCUGGCCAAUUUGGCCAAAGAUAAAGCGGGGGAUUUUGCAGGGAAUUUGGCGUACAAGAUAGCAGGAGGAGGGGGAGCGGAGGGUCAGGAGGAGAAAAAAGGAUUCGACCUGGGCUCGCUCAUAGGCGGCAACAAGAGCGACGACAAAGGAUUCGACGUGGGCUCGCUCAUAGGCGGCAACAAGAGCGACGACAAAGGAUUCGACGUGGGCUCGCUCAUAGGCGGCGGCAAGAGCGACGACAAAGGAUUCGACGUGGGAAACGUCCUGUCCAUGGUCAGUUCGAAAGACGGGGGGGAUGGAGGAGGUGAGUCGUCAACCGGAAUUAAGAACGUUAUGGGUGGACUGUUUAACUAGAAGCGUGCUGACAUCCUCAUCGAGCGCCUCCACAACAAUCGAUCACGCCACUCCUUAAUAAAGACAAUUGACCAUGUACAACUAUCGAAAUAUGAAAUAAAUCAUUCAAAAACA